GCAGGGGAAACGCGCGCACAGUGUGGCGUUGAUAGGAUUCCCAUCUCCUCUAACGGAUCUCUGCCAGUGGACGCGUAUUCGGGAAUUCAUCGGUAGCUGCGUUGUAAAUUCACGUCCCUAUAUUAUGAGCGUUUAGCUAGUUUAAGUAAUCGGUAUUUACCGUUCGCUUUUUAAAGCUCCUUCUGUACAUAAAAAUAUAUAUAUAUAUAUUUUGUCAUUAUGGAUGUUUGGAGAACGUUUCGUCCGUCCCACAACCUGUUUUGGUCCGCUUUCGUGGCGUAAAACUUGUUCGUGUUAUUGUAGCCAGCUCCGAAAGGUUCGGUGGCUUUCCCAGACAAAUCUCAGCCUUUCCGUUUGACUCUUGGACGGCAGGAGUGGAGCAGUUUAUUCCUGGGACUCGGCCUAGUCUAGUAACGUAUCUCACCAAUCUCCAAGGCCUCCAAAAUGUCGAUUUUAGGAUUAAAAAAGAAACAACCAAAGACUUUUAAGGUCAAAGUCAUCACUAUGGAUGCUGAAAUGGAGUUUAGCUGUGAGGUGAAAUGGAAAGGGAAGGAUCUGUUUGAUCUGGUGUGUCGGACAGUGGGUCUGAGGGAAACCUGGUUUUUUGGGCUCCGGUACACAGUGAAGGACACCUAUGCAUGGCUGAAGACAGAGAAACGGGUCUUGGAUCAAGAGGUCCCUAAAGACUCACCGAUAACGUUUCACUUCCUGGCCAAGUUCUUCCCAGAGAAGGUAGAAGAGGAGCUGGUGCAGGAAAUCACACAACACCUCUUCUUUCUGCAGGUGAAAAAGCAAAUAUUAGACGAGGAAAUUUUCUGUUCUCCUGAAGCCUCUGUCCUGUUGGCGUCGUACGCUGUUCAAGCCAAGUAUGGGGACUAUGAACCAAACUUUCACAAGCCAGGAUUCUUAGCCCAGGAUGAGCUCCUACCUAAAAGAGUUCUGAUGCAGUACCAGAUGACUGCAGACAUGUGGGAGGAGAAGAUCACAGCCUGGUAUGCAGAGCACAGAGGCAUCGCCAGGGAUGAGGCUGAGAUGGACUACCUGAAGAUAGCUCAGGACCUGGACAUGUAUGGAGUCAGCUACUUUGCCAUCACUCAAAAUAAACGAGACACAGACCUGCUACUGGGUGUCGAUGCCCAGGGCCUUCAUAUUUACAGCCCCAACAGCAAACUGAACCCCAACAAGUCUUUCCCCUGGAGCGGCAUCCGCAACAUCUCCUACAGCGAGAAGGAGGUAACCACGUUCACAAUAAAACCUCUGGACAAGAAGAAGGAUGUUUUCAAAUUCUACUCCUCCCAACUGAGAGUCAACAAACUGAUCCUGCAGCUGUGCAUUGGGAACCAUGACCUGUUCAUGAGGAGGAGGAAGGUGGACUCCAUCGAGGUUCAGCAGAUGAAGUCUCAGGCCAAGGAGGAGAAGGCUCGCAAGAAGGUGGAGCGUCAGAUCCUUGCACGGGAGAAGCAAAUGAGGGAGGAGGCAGAGCGAGCGAAGGAGGAGAUGGAGAGACGGCUGUUCCAGCUGCAGGACGAGGCACGGCUGGCCAAUGAGGCGCUGCUGCGUUCAGAGGAGACCGCAGAUCUGCUGGCGGAGAAGGCCCAGAUCGCCGAGGAGGAAGCCAAGCUGUUGGCCCACAAGGCUGCCGAGGCGGAGCAGGAGAGACAAAGGAUAGAGGCUACCGCCCUCAAGACCAAGGAGGAGAAGAGACUGAUGGAGCAGAAGAUGAGAGAGGCAGAGCAGCUGGCCGUCAAACUGGUGGAACAGUCAGAGAGGAGGUCGAAGGAGGCGGACCAUCUGAAGCAGGACCUUACAGAGGCCAAGGAUGCUGAGAGGAGAGCCAAGCAGAAACUCCUGGAGAUCACCAAGACAUCUUAUCCGCUCAUAGCGGCCUACUCCACCCCCCCUCCUCCCCCAGAGGGAGGAGACCUAGCUCUGGGAUCCGGAUCAAUGCGCAUCGACUUUAAAGACUCUGAUAUGAAGAGACUGUCAAUGGAGAUAGAGAGGGAGAGACUAGAGUACGUGGAGAAGAGUAAACACCUGCAGGACCAGCUGAAGGAGCUGAAGUCUGAGAUUGAGUCUCUGAAGUUGGAGGAGCAGCAGCAGCAGGCUGGGGUCUACAGCCUCCGCAACGAGGCCCGCGGCUACCCCCCUGAACCACCCUACAUGCCCCAUAGUAAUAGAAACUCUGCCUACAUGGCUCAGAUGGCUUUUUUUGAGGAAGUGUGAUCCAACUGCCAUUGGAUGAAACAGGGGGUAGGCUAAAUGCCAUUGGAAGACACGCAGGGAGGCGGGACAUUGGUUGUGACUCUUGUUCCUUAAUACCAAGAUAUGCCUACUUCAUCUAUCUAUGUUUUGUGCCUGACAAAAGGAGCACACUGACACACACACACACACACACACACACUCCCAGUGACACUCCAGAAAGGACUGUGCUUUGGAAAGAUUUGUAUUCCUCAGAUGACACACACCACAACACUACAAGUUCUCCGUUCUGUUUUAUUUGAUGCAGCCCUAGUCACACUGCCUGUGGGCGUAUAUUAUCACAGACGGUGCUGUGUGCAUGUUCUGUGGAUGUAUUUUACUUCAAUGUUUGGUUUUUAAAGGGAUGCCUGGUAGAGUGUGAUAGAGAUUUGACUGAGGUAGUUUAUCCUAUAUGACUGACUCUACACUACAGUGUGCCUUUAGGAGAAUAUACACUCGCAGCGACCAGGAUCAUGUCUGUCAAGCUACCAGGCUUCAGGUGUGAUACCUUGCCUUCGCUGAAUAAUGUCUUACUUUACUCAGUCGUUUUGUUGUAGCAUGGUCGAACUGAUCGUCUCCAGAGCAACAUGUGUCCUGCAUCACAUUAUGCCUCCUAACCAUUGUCAAUUCAAACUGUCAUUUCAACGGUUUUAUGUUUUUAGUAUUUUAGACUGUUGACGUGCCUUUAACUUUGCUUUUUAAAACGUUUUCUUCACGUUACGAACAUUAAAUAUGCAAUCCCUCGUUCACUAGUUCCUGUUAUGGAGCAUCCCAAAAGGCACCUUACUCCCUAUUUAGUGCACUGCCUUUGACCAGUGCCCUAUUUAGUUCAUUUAUGGUGACAUUUGGGACAAUGACCUGCCUGGAUUGUCCAACACCUCUGGGGUGGGUUUAGCUCCAACACCUCUGGGGUGGGUUUAGCUCCAACACCUCUGGGGUGGGUUUAGCAGGCAGACAAGCCCACUUCUCUUCUGAUUUCUACGACAUCUUGUUAGUGCUUAGCUCAGAGGAAGGUUCCAUCUAGAAAAGUAGGGAAUACAUUCUGUAUAUGGAGGAGGAGAAGAGGGAGACAGAAGGUGGUUUGUGCUUGUGAAGGAAGUAGAUUUUAGAUGUAAUAACUCAUGGUUAAGGGUUGGGGUCAAUUCCAUUUCACAGAAAUGAUCUGAAAAUAACAGACUAUAAUAAGAUUAUAAUGCCUAUUUGCUGAGUUGAAAUGGUCUGGACCCAACCUUUGCUGUGUUUUUUGAAUGGGAACCAUGUCUUAAAUGGUCAGAUAUCCUAACUAACAGAACACUGCUUGGCAGAUUAUGCAACAUUUUCAAGGUUGGGGGUUGGUUUGGCAUUGUUGUGGGUGCAGACACCUGCACGUACAGAGACACACAGCCAUGUAUUCAAAUCAUGUGUCAAUAUCACAUUUAAACCCUACAUUUUAUUAUUCAUUUUUAUUGUAACAUAAAUAAAUUAUUGUUAGAUCUGUUUUACAGAAGUUUCCUCUAACCGAUGUCAGGUUUGAAUCAAAAUGGAGUUGUUUUGGAUGGCAGGAUAUCACACACGCACUCUCAGCAUAACUGUUGUGUACAUGUGUUUUUCAUUUCUGAUGGUUAUACCUAUGUAUGUGUGUAGAAUAGUGUUGUUGGGUUUUAUAAUGUUAACUCCUUUUGUUGUUUAUCUUACUGUUGUUGACUUUUUCCAUCCUCUCCCCCCUAUCCUCCUUUCCCUCUCUCGCACUCCUCCUCUUUCAUGUGUUCAUCGGCUUUAAAGGGCUUAAGUGUCACGUCAGUUUGUUUUUAACUGUUUGUUUUAAUAGAUGACCUCAGAACUGUUUCAUAUCUAUAGGUUUACUGUAAUCACCGAUAUCUGUCCCAAGUGGCACCCUAUUCCCUAUAUAGUGCACUACGUUUGACCCGGGCCAGCAUCAGGCUCAGGUCAAAAGUAGUGCUCUAUACAAUGGGGAAUAGAGUGCCAUUUGGGACACAGACACUAAAUGGCUGUCUCGCCAACACUGUCGUUGCCUUCUUUCCAUUUUUAGAGUGCGGCAAGUAACCUUGUGGUUAGUUAGGCCAGUAAACAGCCGAAGAGGUCGCUGAUUCGAGUACCUGAGCCGACAAGGUGAUACAUUUGUCGAUGUGCCCUUGAGCUCUAGGGGCGCCGUACUACUAUGGCUGACCUUGUAAAACACUACACUGGACUGUGUUUUUCUUCUUCACAACCUUGAUUCCGUUCCUUCAUUGCCGCUAGUCAAUUUAUAGAGGCGUAGAGGUUUCCUCCGUGUAGAGGUUUCCUCCCUCCGUGGAGAGGUUUCCUCCCUCCGUGGAGAGGUUUCCUCCCUCCGUGUAGAGGUUUCCUCCCUCCGUGUAGAGGUUUCCUCCCUCCGUGUAGAGGUUUCCUCCCUCCGUGUAGAGGUUUCCUCCCUCCGUGGAGAGGUUUCCUCCCUCCGUGUAGAGGUUUCCUCCCUCCGUGUAGAGGUUUCCUCCCUCCGUGGAGAGGUUUCCUCCCUCCGUGGAGAGGUUUCCUCCCUCCGUGUAGAGGUUUCCUCCCCUCCGUGUAGAGGUUUCCUCCCUCCGUGUAGAGGUUUCCUCCCUCCGUGUAGAGGUUUCCUCCCUCCGUGUAGAGGUUUCCUCCCUCCGUGGAGAGGUUUCCUCCCUCCGUGGAGAGGUUUCCUCCCUCCGUGGAGAGGUUUCCUCCCUCCGUGUAGAGGUUUCCUCCCUCCGUGGAGAGGUUUCCCUCCCUCCGUGUAGAGGUUUCCUUCCUCCGUGGAGAGGUUUCCUCCCUCCGUGGAGAGGUUUCCUCCCUCCGUGGAGAGGUUUCCUCCCUCCGUGGAGAGGUUUCCUUCCCUCCGUGGAGAGGUUUCCUCCCUCCGUGGAGAGGUUUCCUCCCUCCGUGGAGAGGUUUCCUCCCUCCGUGUAGAGGUUUCCUCCCUCCGUGUAGAGGUUUCCUUCCUCCGUGUAGAGGUUUCCUUCCUCCGUGUAGAGGUUUCCUUCCUCCGUGUUGCUGUCACCUAUCAUGCCCUGCCAGAUCAGUGGCCAUAGAGGAAAGGACACAAGGGAAGGAAGCUAGUUAACACUAUUAAGACACAGCCAGGUAGGGACAUGCCAAACAAAAGCGAGUCACAAUGUCUGAUUUCCGAGAUGAAGUGUUUUGAGUGCUGUUUUUUUUUGUCAUAAGAGAAUCAAUGCUGUCAAAUGGCUUGGCUGUUGCUUAUUAAAACAAAUAUACAUUAGCA